AACGGCGGAACUGGAACACUGGUCUUCCCCGCCCCCAUCGUGGAGCACGGCAGCUUUACUGUUCUUGCGGUGUAGCAGAAGCGGCAAGAUCCACCCACCACACUCGACUAUAAAGGGCGACGGGCGUUCCUGCACCUCUUCGGUCUUGUGGUCGUUUGAGGUGGUGAGAGAAGUGAGCGGCGUCGUGUGGCUCAGAAGUCUGCUCUCUCUAUCUCUAUCAACGUCUUGCUCUUCGAACACACUAUCUGUUUAUCUCGGCCGCACUUCUCUCCUCCACACGAAUAUUGUCGGGGUUCUUCUGAUAUAAAUCUGCCCUUGGUGUUUCUAGUCAAGAUCAGGACCUAGAGUAACUGAAACUGACUGGGAAUGGCGGCGUUUUCCCACCCAACACCGGCGCCGUCGGCCAGGCUCCUUCCUCGUCAACCAAUCUCGAACCGCCUGUUCGCGUCUUCCUCGUACCGAAGCUUUCUCGUCGGUGAUUUAGCACGGCUCUCUCUACGGCGGUCGAGGCGGCGAAGAGAUGCUGGGGUGAGAACGUGUUGGUCGCCGGUGAUGAGGGCGGUCCUCGAACUCGAAGGAUCAGGUAGGGCACGGAGAGCGCCGGAUGUUGUCGAAGGGCAACUGGGCAAGGAGCGGUCCGAGGUCGUAAAUUUGAAUUAUAUGAUAUCAGAAAGAGGAGCUUGUGGAGUUGGUUUUAUUGCAAACUUGCAAAAUAAAGCAUCCCAUAAUGUAAUUUUGGAUGCUCUAACAGCACUUGGCUGUAUGGAACAUCGUGGCGGCUGUGGAGCAGAUAAUAUCUCUGGUGACGGGGCUGGUUUGAUGACUUCAAUUCCGUGGGAGCUGUUCAAUGACUGGGCUAGCAAACAGGGAAUAUCUUCUCUAGAUAGAAGUAACACUGGUGUUGGGAUGGUUUUUCUUCCUGAAGAUGAAAAUUAUAUGAAUGCAGCAAAAACAGUUAUCAUGAAGACUUUCUUGGAAGAGGGUUUGGAGGUUAUCGGCUGGAGACCUGUUCCUGUAGACACGACAGUAGUUGGUUACUAUGCAAGAAAAACAAUGCCCAACAUACAACAAGUGUUUAUCAAAGUACCAAAAGAGGAGAGUGUUGAUGACAUUGAAAGGGAAUUUUACAUAUGCAGAAAGCUGGUUGAACGAGCAGCACAAGCAGAAGAGUGGAAAGAUGAGAUGUACUUUUGUUCUUUGUCUAAUCAGACAAUUGUCUACAAGGGAAUGCUUCGCUCAGCUGUUCUGGGCCAAUUUUAUCUGGACCUACAGGAUGGCCUAUACAAGUCUGCAUUUGCAAUCUAUCAUCGUAGAUACAGCACAAAUACUAGUCCUAGAUGGCCUCUUGCACAGCCUAUGAGGCUGCUGGGUCAUAAUGGGGAGAUCAAUACCAUACAGGGAAACUUGAACUGGAUGCAAUCUCGAGAGACAACUAUUGAGUCUCCUGUUUGGCGUGGUCGGGAAAAUGAAAUACGCCCAUAUGGCAACCCGAAAGCAUCAGAUUCAGCCAACCUUGAUAGUGCUGCAGAAUUAUUACUGAGAAGCGGUCGAAACCCGGCUGAGGCUCUUAUGAUGCUUGUCCCAGAGGCAUAUAAGAACCACCCCACAUUGAUGAUUAAAUAUCCAGAGGCAGUUGAUUUCUAUGACUAUUACAAAGGGCAAAUGGAGGCAUGGGACGGACCUGCUUUGCUUCUAUUCAGUGAUGGAAAGACUGUUGGGGCAUGUCUUGAUCGAAAUGGUUUACGCCCCGCUAGAUAUUGGAGGACAGCUGAUGACAUGGUCUAUGUUGCAUCUGAGGUGGGUGUUCUGCCAAUGGAUGAAUCAAAGGUCAUCAUGAAAGGUAGAUUGGGUCCAGGAAUGAUGAUAACUGUCGAUCUCCAGAGUGGACAGGUUUAUGAAAAUACAGAUGUUAAGAAGAGAAUAGCGUCACUUCAUCCCUACAGGAAGUGGUUGACUGAGAACAUGAGGACAUUGAAGCCAGUCAACUUUCUUUCAUCAGUAGUCCUGGAUAAUGAUACAAUACUGAGGCACCAACAAGCGUUUGGCUACUCCAGUGAAGAUGUGCAGAUGGUAAUUGAAACAAUGGCUGCACAAGGAAAAGAACCAACAUUUUGCAUGGGUGACGAUAUCCCAUUAGCAGUAUUGUCUCUGAAACCCCAUAUGAUCUUUGAUUAUUUCAAGCAGCGCUUUGCACAGGUCACAAAUCCUGCUAUUGACCCUCUCCGAGAAGGUUUGGUCAUGUCACUUGAGGUGAAUAUUGGUAAACGUGGAAAUAUUUUAAGUAUUGGACCACAAAAUGCAUCUCAGGUUAUUUUGUCUAGUCCUGUUUUGAAUGAGGGGGAACUUGAUUCAUUGAUGAAGGAUACUUCUUUAAAAGCUCAAGUAUUGCCAACCUUUUUUGACAUUAGUAAAGGUUUGGAUGGCUCAUUGGAAAAUGCAUUGAAGCACCUUUGCGAGGCUGCUGAUGAAGCUGUUCGCAGUGGUUCACAAUUACUUGUUCUUUCUGACCGUUCCGAGGAGCUUGUGUAA